GUCAAUGCACCAGCGAGGAAAUCUGUGCUUGAAAAUGGCGACAGACGUGGAAGAUGAAAGUUCGGGAAACAAACGCAAAUUAACAGAGGAUGAAAACGACGAUGGAGAUGAAGGAUGGGUUGGACCAAUGCCUUGUGAGGCCACUAAACCUAAAAAGAGGAAGGUGCUUGAAUAUGAAAGAGUGUACCUGGACAACCUACCGUCUGCGGCCAUGUAUGAACGAAGCUACAUGCACAGGGAUGUUAUCACUCAUAUUGUAUGCAGCAAAACAGAUUUCAUCAUCACAGCAAGUCAAGAUGGCCAUGUCAAAUUUUGGAAGAAGAAAGAGGAUGAGGGGAUAGAGUUUGUUAAGCAUUUCCGUAGUCAUCUAAGCGUGAUUGAGUGUAUUUCAGUCAGUGCUGAGGGCGCACUCCUCUGCACCGUUGGUGAUGAUCAGGCCAUGAAAGUGUUUGACGUUGUCAAUUUUGACAUGAUAAACAUGCUUAAGCUUGGGUUUCAGCCUGGUCAGUGUGAGUGGAUCUAUAAUCCAGGUGAUGCCAUCUCUACUGUGGCAUGUUCUGAGAAGUCCACUGGAAAAAUCUGUGUCUACGAUGGACGUGGAAGCAGUCAGCCACUGCACACUUUGGACAAAAUACACUCCUCCCCGUUGUCUCAGAUCCGCCUUAACCCACGGUACCGGGUCGUGGUCUCGGCUGACCGAGCAGGGAUGCUGGAGUACUGGACAGGGCUCCCCAGUGAAUUCAAGUUCCCCAGACAGGUGGAAUGGGAGUAUAAGACGGACACAGACUUGUAUGAGUUUGCCAAAUGUAAAACGUAUCCCACCAGCCUGGCCUUCUCUCACGAUGGCAAGAAAAUGGCCACCAUCGCUGCUGACCGCAAAGUGAGGAUUUUCCGGUUCCUGACAGGGAAGCUGAUGAGGGUGUUCGAUGAAUCCCUGACAAUGUUCACAGAACUCCAACAAAUGAUACAGCAGCUGCCAGACAUGGAGUUUGGGCGUAGGAUGGCAGUGGAGAGAGAACUGGAGAAGGUGGAUGGGAUACGACUGACCAACAUCAUCUUCGAUGAGACGGGCCACUUUGUGCUUUAUGGAACCAUGCUGGGAAUCAAGGUCAUCAAUGUGGAGACAAAUAGGUGUGUGCGGAUCUUGGGGAAGCAGGAGAACAUCCGGGUGGUACAAUUGAGUCUGUUCCAGGGGGUGGCCAAAGCCAUACAGGCAGCCCCCACCAUAGAGAUGAAGGCCUCAGACAACCCCGCCCUCCAGUCCAUCGACCCAGACCCAACCAUCUUCUGCACAGCCUUCAAGAAAAACCGCUUCUAUGUGUUUACUAAGAGGGAGCCAGAGGACACCAAGAGUGCCGAGUCUGACAGAGACAUCUUCAACGAGAAGCCGUCUAAGGAGGAGGUCAUGGCUGCCACGCAGGCCGAGGGGCCUAAGAGAGUGUCGGACAGUGCCAUCAUCCACACCACUAUGGGAGACAUCCAUAUCAAACUGUUUCCUGUUGAAUGUCCCAAAACGGUGGAGAACUUCUGUGUCCACAGCAGAAACGGAUACUACAACAGUCACAUAUUCCAUCGUGUCAUUAAGGGUUUCAUGAUCCAGACCGGCGACCCCACAGGCACAGGCAUGGGAGGGGAGAGUGUCUGGGGAGGCGAGUUCGAGGACGAGUUCCAUGCUACACUGAGGCACGACCGACCCUACACGCUCAGCAUGGCCAACGCAGGGCCCGCAAGCAACGGCUCCCAGUUUUUCAUCACUGUGGUCCCCACUCCAUGGCUGGACAACAAACACACAGUAUUUGGACGGACCACCAAAGGAAUGGAGGUGGUUCAGAGGAUCUCCAAUGUCAAGGUCAAUCCCAAGACAGACAAACCCUAUGAAGACAUCAGCAUCAUAAACAUUACUGUCAAGUAGACUGAAGUGGACUGUCUUGGUACUGUUUUGUAUAAUAAAUAUUUUUUUUCCCAACAGA